AGUACCUCACUCACGCACUGCCUGCAGUGUCCCUCAACAGUGCUCGAAGCGGUCCUUUGGGGCUCAGCAGGAGUGCAAAAGAGACAGAGAACAUGGCUGCCUCCCUAGUCUUGGCCCUCGCCUCGCACGCCGGGCCGAGCCGGCUGCCCAUCCUGCACAGCGGCCAGCCUGUCCUCCACUCAGCACUAGUCCGUGCAUCCGUAAUACACAGGCGUCUCGCAAAUUUAUCUCGUACUGGCGCCUCGAGCUCGUCAUCAUCCUUCUCCAGUAGGUCUCAUGUCCACUCCAGUUCUCCGCAGCUACCCAUGUCAAAGCCUGCGCCUCCACGGCCGCAGUCUCCACUUUCGUCUCGGUCUCAUCCGCAAAGCGUUGGUUCCCAUGGUCCUGAUGGGGGCGAAGGAGGGCCGGAAGGCGGAAAGGGUGGGACGAAGAAGUCGAUAUGGCAGUCUUGGCUUGCACUGCCACCGAGAGUAAGGAUGGCAUUUGGGACUAUCUUCGGCGCCGGCUGCGUCGGUGGACUGUUCAUCUCAGACAAGCUCGAGGAAUGCUUUCCAGCCGAGUCACCCUCGACAUCUCCGGGGGGCAGAAAGGAGCGAAAACCACGUCUAUUUGCCGUUUCCGUGGUUGAUAAAGAUAUAUGAAGCGCGCGCUGCAUUGGUACACAUUCAGCACAACAGAAUUUUUAGCUCAUGUGCCCUCGCACACUUUUGAUUGCUUGAGCAUGAUGCGCAAGAUCUAUUCUACAACAAGCAGUAGGGAACUCAAUAUGACGUGCAGUAAAAAUGUUUGCAACGAUCACCAAUCUUGCAGCUUGUACCAAAUCUUCUUGUGGAGCGGCGCGCGGCGAAUCAUCUCCUCGCGCUCCUCGUCCUCUUUGGCAGCCAGCUCAUCCUCUUCGUUGAACUCGCGCGCGUCCGUGAGGAGGUCAAUGUCUGCGGGCUUGAUGAAAGACGUGUGUUUGAUGAGCAUGUGGCCGAAGAGGAGGAUGAAGAAAAUUGGGAAGCCAAUGUAGUUUGUGAUAAAGCUCUUGUACUGGAACG